CGAACCCAGCUAAGCUCUCUCUCUCUCUCUCUCUCUCUGGGUCCGAGAAAGUGCAACAGAAUCACUUCCAUCUAUAAAGAAAACCAACCAUCCCUUGAUGGGCACCAAAUUAUAAACACCAAAAUUCUUGCCUUCACCAACUCUAGCUACCUUACCUUUUCCUCCGUUCUUCUCUCUUCUUAUCGCCCCCUUUCUUCUUCCUUUUCUUUCUUUCUCUGCGAGUAUCAUCAUCAUCAUUCACCCUACAGCACAAGAUGGUCGGUUUGUCCUCUACUUCAUCUCUGCCUUUGAAGUACAAGGUGUCUUCCUAGAGAGAGGAAUUAAGCAUCGAAAACCAGGAGAACAUGGGUUGUGGUAGUGGGUCUUGGAGGUUUUUGUUCAGAGCUUUUCUGUUUGUUUGCUUUCUUGUCAUUUUGUUGGUUGAGAUGCUGGCAAGCCGUGGAUUCAUAACAAUAACAACAACAACUAAAAUAGCAACUCCAUCAACAGCAAGUUCGAAGCAAUUUGAGGUGAUGAUAGGAAGAGAUAAACCUGCUGUUCACCCUGAUUUAGAUCCCAAUUACAUGAGCAAAAGAAGGGUUCCUAAUGGACCUGAUCCCAUUCAUAACAGGAGAGCGGGGAAAUCUAGGCAACCUCCUGGUCGAGCUUAGGCGUCAAGAGGAUGGUGAAGCAUCACCAAUGUAGACUAUGAUUUACAAGAUGUAUCAUCUUGUGUGUUUUUCAAGUGGGAUCGAUUGUAAACACUCCUUAGAAAAUUAGAGAAUUCUUAUAAAUCUGCAAAAGCGCUCCAGUUUACAGAAUUAGUAGUGUGGAGGUGGUGGGGCCGGGAGUAAAGCAAAUCCAAGCUUCUCUCACACAAAAAUACACGUACAAGCAUCCUCAGAAUUCAGAAAGAUUAAACAAACUUUGCAGACACCCCCACUUUAGCAUUCCAUUCCAUGCCCCUUUAAUUUUGAGAGAUAAAGAGGGAAAGAGAGAAAGAGAUUCAAGAAUAGAGGAUUAUCUUUUGCAUGUAAAGAACAAAAGAAAAAAAACAAGUAGAUAGAAAAAUGAUCAAUGGAACACAACCCAAGAAAUGUUCUAGUAGACAGACAUACAUGAUAGGAGAAGGUAUGUAAUGUAAUUAAUCUCUUUCAAUCAAUCAAUCUUUUUGGCUU